CCUAAACAGAGACAUUUGCCGGGAAACUUUCUCCUGUUUCAGUCCAGAUUAAAGUGAUUCCGGCGGCUCUUUCCACUGUCUAACCGGCCCAAAAUCUGUCGGCUGAAUGAGCGAGUGCCGAGAAACUGAUGAGGAUAUACAAAUGGAAAUGGACGAUAAUGGCCUGCAGACCCCUCGCUGUGAAACAAGAUGGUCACAGCAACUGUCAGGCCUCCCUCCCAAGCUCCUGCAGCGUCUGAUGCCUUUCCAAUUGGAAGGAGUGGAGUUCGCUUUAUCUAAGAAUGGACGAUGCAUGAUCGCUGAUGAGAUGGGUCUUGGGAAGACGGUGCAAGCCAUUGCUGUUGCGUACGCCUACAGGAAGGAGUGGCCCCUGCUGGUGGUGGUGCCCUCGUCCCUGAAGUAUCCGUGGAUCGAGGAGCUGGAGAGGUGGAUCCCCGAGCUGCAGCCUGGAGACAUCAACCUGGUGGAGAACAAGAGCCACACCAUGGGCAUCAGCAGCAGCAAGGUGACGGUGCUGGGUUACGGCCUCCUUACUACAGAUGCUCGCCCCCUGGUGGAGGCUCUGAUCCGGCAGAAGUUCGCCGUGGUCGUGGUGGACGAGUCACAUUACCUCAAGUCCAGGAAUGCAGCGCGAACAAAGAUCCUGGCGCCUCUCAUCCAGAACACCAAGCGGGCCAUCCUGCUCACUGGGACUCCUGCUCUGGGUCGGCCUGAGGAGCUUUUUAUGCAGAUUGAUACCCUCUACCCAAAGAGGUUUGGAACAUGGACAGACUUUGCCAAGAAAUUCUGCAACGGCCAUUUCAGGUAUUUCGGGACUCGUCGGCAGUGGGACGCUCGCGGAUCGUCCAACCUUUCGGAGCUUCACCAGCGCCUGAGUGAAAUCAUGAUCCGUCGUCUAAAGGCCGAAGUUCUCACUCAGCUGCCCCCCAAAAUCCGCCAGCGAAUCCCCUUCGAUCUGCCUAAGGACGCUGCAAAGGAGGCCUCAGCCAGCUUCGCAGAGUGGGAGCGAUUGAUGAAGGGACUGGGGUCGGGGGUCAUCGGCACGGACAGCAACCCCUUCACACAGGUCAUGAGCCUGGUCUCACGGAUGUACAAGCAAACUGCGAUUGCCAAGGCGGGAGCUGUGAAGGACUACAUUAAGAUGAUGCUGGAGGCGGAGCAGCUGAAGUUCCUGGUGUUCGCCCACCACCUCACCAUGCUGCAGGCGUGCACCGAGGCCGCCAUCGAAGCCAAGGCUGGUUACAUCCGUAUCGAUGGCAGCGUCCCGUCGUCAGAACGAAUGCAGCUGGUCAACAAGUUCCAGAGCGACCCGGAGACACGAGUCGCUAUCCUCAGCAUCCAGGCAGCCGGCCAGGGUUUGACCUUGACCGCUGCCAGCCACGUGGUUUUUGCCGAGCUCUACUGGAACCCCGGACACAUAAAGCAGGCGGAGGAUCGAGCGCAUCGCAUCGGGCAGACAGCCUCCGUUAACGUGCACUACCUCAUCGCCAAGGGCACCUUCGACACCGUCAUGUGGGCCAUGCUCAACAGAAAGGAAACGGUGACCGGCAGCGCCUUGAAUGGCAAGAAGGAAUAUCUGAAGGCCGAUGAGGGCGAUCAGGACAAAUGGGAGUUUCUCAACUUCUCCGACGCGUGGAAACCGAGUGAGAUGCUGCUGCCGCCGGAGAGAAACAGCGGAGACUACAAAGAGGACGUCUUCUUCACUCAUUUUGAGAAGGAGAAGCAGCACGACAUUCGUUCCUUCUUCUCGCCGGGCGGCAAUAAGGAGAAGAAGAGGAAGAGGACAGGAGACGAGGAAACAUCUCCUUCAGAGACGACCGGCAGGGGAACAAACUCUGAAGAAAGAGAGGAGAUUAAAGAAACCGAAACCAUCCCAGACGAGGACUUCUCGCCCCAGGUGAAGAGGCUGCGGACCCCACAGCCGAGCCCCAGUCUCAGGCCUCAACGUGGGGGUAAAAGAAGGUCUUCAGCCGGAGGGAAAUUACCCAGCAGCCCCAGCUUCUUCUCCAUGAACCCACGGAAACUUCUGGAGACCGGACCAACGUCUGAGUGGAGCUGUGUGUCCUGCACAUACUCCAAUAGUGGCUUGAUGCCGUACUGCGAGAUGUGCAACGUCAAACGCCCUUCUUCAACUGCUCCGUCAGGCUCAGAGCCCCCCAGGCCUCACACACCCCCUCCGGGUGAAAAGGACGAGGAAUGCAUCGUCCUCUCCGGCUCCGACAGCGAUCCAGAGCUCAGUCGGGGGAAAACACAGACUCCCAGAUCGCCGGGAGGCAAACAGAGCGAGGGUGAGGGUGAGGAUGAGGAUGAGGAUGAGCCUCCGAAAGACAAACAGAAACCGGAGGAAGAAGAGGAGGACAAGCGGCAGCAGAUCAGAGACAAACAAUCAGCCCCCCCCCACCUCCGAACAGAGGAGACUGCUGCUGCCGGGGCUAAUGACGAUGAUGAGGCCGAUGAUGAAGAAGAUGACGCUUAUACCGUCUACCCGGGACUUCAGUUCUGCGCCAGCCCUUACACUGACCGGAUAUAUCUCUACACAAAGGACGGGACUCCGUUGAGCUCGAGCUUCACCCCUCUGGACAUCAAACUCACCAACUGGGACGAGCUGCCCGAGGCUUUCAGCCGGCGCCGCGAAAAUCGAAUCCAGGUACUGAGGUUCGUUCAGGACUGGAGCGGUCUGGCAGCCAUGAAGCAGAAACUCCUUCAGCGCAGCGGCCGCCUCUUCCACAGCCCGACUCUGGGCUUACAGCAGCUGGCCGCCGCCCAGCGACCGCACUCCAGCACCAAGAGAUACCUCGGUAAAGACGAUGUGGCCGAGGCCUCCCUGAGCAAGGCCCAGCAGGAGGGGGGCAGCGUCCGAUUGGUCACCAAGGAAGCCUUCUUCACCAAGAGGAAGUCAUUGGCAUCAGAGAAACCACCUGCUUCAGAGAGCGCAGUCAGUGAGUCCUGUGAGACGAUGGAGGAUCAGCCGCCCUCAGAGUCAGGUUUCCUGCAGGCUGUGGACAGUGACGGCGUCCCUCUGUGUCUCUCCUGCCAGCAGCACUGCUCCACCACCGGGGGGGCCUGGGACACCCGCUUCUGCAGCCACAAGUGCCAGGAGGAGUUCCAGUUGCGCUCCAGCCAGACGUACAUGCGCUCUCGUGUGCUGGAGGCGGAAAAGGGCGUCUGUCAGCACUGCGGCCUCCAAGCACACGAGUUGUUCCUCAAAGUACGGGACGCCCCGCCCGACCAGCGCAAGGAAAUGCUGGAGAGCACUUGGCUCGCGCAGAUGUCACUCAAACAGCUGAACGUGAUGAUCCGCGCCCCGGUCGAAGGGGAUUUCUGGCAGGUGGACCACAUCCGGCCGGUGUACAGCGGAGGAGGGCAGUGCUCUCUGGAAAACCUGCAGACUCUUUGCACCGUCUGCCACAAAGCGAGGACGGCUCAGCAAGCCAAAGAGCGGAGCCAGAAGAAAAAGAGCGUUGCCGCGUCCAAGGUUGCAUCAGACAUCAGCAGGUUCUUCUUCAGGAAAUGAGAUGAAGCUUUAGUGAGGGCUUGUAUCAAAUGUAUUGAAUCACAUUGAAUCCUAGCUGGCAUGCAUUUCUGACAGCGAGGAUGGAGGAUGCAUCAUGAUCUUUCAAAGGCAACAUUCACAUUUAAGUAUUGGAAACGCCAUUCACUGACAGAUUAGAAUAGAAAAGCCGGAUUUUCCUUCAAAUUCAUGCUUCAAUUUCUGAUGAAAUGCUGCACCUGUGGAGAUUUACUUGCAUUUACUGCAUUAAAUGCUAAUUCAGCUCCGCUCUCGUCCCCGAAACGUCACCCGUGCGCUACUUUCUGAUUUAUUACGGCCCAGUUUUACUCGAGGCUGAAAUGGAGCAGGUUGUUUAGAGAGAUGCAGCUAUUUUAAGAUUGUGCAAACUUAGUGAAAAGUAGCAGGUGACAAAAAAAAAAAUGGGGGCUUUGUGAUUUAAACUAGAAAAACACAACGUCCUCAUUGGCGCCCUCAACAUGUGGCGCCUCUUCCUUUUUGGAAGAUGGAUGAACGCUCCCUGGUGAAAUAAAAAGUCUAUUUCCA